AUGUCCGCCCGCGAACAAGCCACUUUCGAGAGCAGCAGUGAAGACAACCAGCCUGCAACUAAUACUCGUCCACCGGAUUCUGACGACAAAAUCGAAACCAAGGCGGCGCCGAAACGUGGUCUGAAGCGGGAAGGAGAGGGUCUGGUGAAGCCAAAAUCAGUUUCGCCCAGCACUCCCCGGACCCCGAUCGUGUUUGAUGCCGAUGCGGUAAAGCGACUGGACCGCGUGGAGAUGUCAGCCGAGGCGAAGCAGGCGUACUUGAAGUUGCGGUCCUUCCUACCGGGUAUGACUGUGGCCCAACGCGACUGGCCCCAGCGUUUGCGGCAAUCUUGGGAACGGCAUGCCAAGGUGGCGAGGUCUCGAUACUUCUGGAUCGAGUACGGACAUUACGAUGAGGGCGGGUAUGUGUCUGCGAACCACCCCAACUCGGACCUGAGCCGCGACAGGAAGGCGUGGCUGCUCCUGGUGGCUGACUUGUAUCGCAUGGAGGGGCACAGAGUCUUCCAGUACCUUUAA